AUGAACUUUAUGAAUACUCAUUCAUAAUUCAACUUUUCAAGGAAAUCAUUGCCUAGACCUUUGAUAUCGAGGCAGCUGACAAGGGAGAAGAGUUAACCAAGUUGUAAUCAGAAAGCCCCCUCAGUAAGUUACUAAUAUGAGUGAUUUAGGUUUAAUUUCGUAUCUCCAAUACGAAUUAUCAAAUGAAUAGGGAGAUGAUUUAAAAAGCUAAUGGAAAUUAUUUUAGUCAGCAUGAUGAUACAAGUGGUAGCACGAAGAUGUCGAAAGCACACAUUUAAUAACUGUUGAAAAAGAAUGAAAUAGAAUUUAAGUAGUCUUUAUUUGAUCAGGAAGAUAAAGAGGAAGAACUCUAAUUUAUAUUAUUAUGUUAAACACUUGAAAAACUGUUGUGA